AUGGAAUCUCGGCGGGACCACAGCACAGCAGAGACACCACCAGCAAACGGAUGCGGAGUACCGAGCGCACAGCAGUGGGAUACCACCUGCGGCGGAAUAAAAUUCGGGGAGAAUAAUCGCGGGUCGGGAACCCCCCCAGCCCACACUCCCACAAACUCAGCCGCCCAGCAUCAGCCUCUAAGCACAAGCCCAGCACACCACCCAACAGCCCAAACCGGACCCAGGACACGGACCAAGCACGAAGCCCCAAGACCCAGCACACACCCAGUCCGCGCAACCCUACAGCCCAGACCACGGGACCAGGACGGACAGCCCCCACCGGAUCGGAGCGGACCAAAGUCGGACGGGGGGACCAGCCCCCAGAACCAGCACAUCGACCACAACAGCGCGAUCGGAAACCUAAUCGAUUCUGACGGAGUCGGACCACCGACCAGCAACAACAGCCACACACACAGCCCCGCCAACACACCACAGGGACCACACACAAGCCGCACAGCACAGACCACAGAAGACCAGACGCCCCCUCAGGAACCCGCGGCCGAAACCCCUACCCCGCAACUGCCGCCGCCCCCGCCGGCCGCUCGCCCCCGCGCGCGCGCCCCGCACACCUUUUUGUUAUUUUUCCGACCACCAUACCCUCCACACCCCUACGUCCCUACGCCCACCCCCAACCCUAACCCUCAAACGACCUCUAACCCCCCAAGACCGAAUGACCCUACAGCACCCCACCACGCCCACCAAGACCCCACACCUGACGACACCCACCCCCCCCCCCCCACCGCCCCGGCCCCGAACCCUCCUGCCACAUACUACUCGCAUCACCCACACACCGCCACCGAUGCCAACCGCACCCACACGCCCGCUCCAGCCCCGCAAGACAGGGACGCCCCGACCACUAUGACAGAACUACGAAUAUCCUACACCACGUAA